AGGUUACAAAUACAGCCCCUGAAAACACCUGUUCACACAGACAUUAUCUGGACACACACCGUUAUCUGUACUAGAACAUCUGAACACUUACAGGAGACAGAAUGAGUCCCAAACACAUCAUCUACAAGAAACUCUCCCGAGACAAAUCUGUUGGCGUUUACAUGGGCAAACGGGAUUUUGUGGACCACUGUGACUUUGUAGAUCCUGUUGAUGGUGUUGUAUUGAUCGACCCAGAGCAGGUGAAAGGAAAGAAAGUGUACAUCAUGUUGUCGUGCACGUUUCGUUACGGUCGGGAUGAUAUGGAUGUGUUGGGAAUGGCAUUCCGGAAGGACAUCUUCCUGUGCACCCGGCAGGUGUAUCCUCCUCUCCAGGAUAAAGAGCGCAGCAUACACACCAAGAUCCAGGAGAAAAUCCUGCGGAAGCUUGGAGACAACGCAUAUCCGUUCUUCUUUGAGUUUCCAGAUAAUCUUCCGUGUUCUGUAGCUCUGCAGCCAGCGCCAACAGAUGAAGGAAAGCACUGUGCAGUGGAGUUUGAGGUGAAGGCCUUCUGCGCAGAAAAUCAGGAUGAAAAAGCUCAGAAGAGGAGUUCAGUGCGGCUGGCCAUCAGAAAGGUCCAGUACGCUCCAGAUAAAGGCGGAGCGGCUCCAUCAGGCGAGACCACCUGUGAAUUUGUCAUGUCUGAUAAACCACUGCAUAUGCGUGUCAGUCUGGAGAAAGAGACGUAUUACCAUGGAGAACCAAUCAACAUCAGUGUGGACAUUGACAACAGUUCCAACAGGAAUGUGAAUGACAUCUCAGUCUCCGUGGAGCAGAUUACUAAUGUUGUGCUUUACUCAAAUGACAAAUACGUCAAAACUGUGGCUUAUGAGGAAACUACAGACACUGUGCCGUCUGGUACCAGUCUGAAGAAGAUUUACACACUCAGUCCUCUGCUGAACAAUGAUAACCGUGACAGACAUGGUCUCGCUCUGGACGGAAAACUCAAACAUGAGGACACUAAUCUGGCCUCCUCCAGCAUUGUAAAGGAUGAAGUUCUGAAGGAGAUUCUGGGCAUGUUGGUGGCUUAUAGAGUGGUGAUAAAGUGUAAUGCAGUGGGUAUGGUUGGAUCCAGUGAGGUUGCUGUGGAGGUCCCAUUUAAACUUAUGCAUCCCAAACCUGAUCCAGAGAGGUAAGCCCCAAUCAUGCCA